AUGUCUCAAAAUCCUCAGCCAAUGCUUCGUCUAACCUCGGAUGUGCCGCCCGACGAGACUCCCAAAGUGACGCCUCACCUCCUACCCUGUCGCAUCCAUCAUGACGGCUCCGUUGAGCCAGCCGACAGCUUCUGGGAGCCCAAGGCUUGCGCAGAUGGCACUUGCACGGCGUAUUUCCGCGGCCGCAAAUUGGAGGGCAAAACAGUCAAGCUCCCUGACGGAUACCGCGGUGUCGUCGCCGUCUCUUCGCCGGACGAGGAGCAGCAUAGACGGGCCGAGGAAGUCGAUGACGUUGAAGUCAUCGAUGUCGAUAACCUGAUGCCCCAAUCAAGCAUGCAAGUUCAGGCCGAGUUCAGCGAGGUGGUGGUAUGGUCCCACGAGACGGCCAUCGACGCCUCCGCGCAUCCGCACAUGAGGGCUAUACAAGAGUGGCUUGCACUCGCUAAGAAGAUCCACACAUACCCUACUCCUGAUGCCAAGCAUAAGUGA